AUGACAGAGGAAGCGGCCAAAGAUGGCGUCGAGUCCGCUGUGUCCAGCAACCCUAUGGGGUUGCCCUUGAAGGAGCUCCGGAGGUUAAAGGACCAAUUUCAGGACGAGGAAGGCCAGCCGGUCAAGCUGGACGAAGAGCAGUUUGUUGAUGCACUGCUUUCCCGGCUGACGGGGUCGAUCUCGACCUCACAUGCUGAGCGACGGCGCUGGGAUGUGGAGCUCCGGACGUUGUUCAAGAAGAUCGACGCUAGCUGCUCCGAAAGCGUGACAUGGGAGGAGUUCACAAACUACAUGCUCUUCCAUGCCCCGGGCUUCGGCUCUGCAGACGGUGCCUGCGAGUUGUCCCACAAUGCUGCGGCAGCUGAAGCCCUGGCGGGUGCUUGGCAAUGUGGCCACAUGGACAUGAUCAAUAACAUUGCGGUCGUCUAUGAGUUCGCCAACAAGCAGGACAGCAGUAACGCUGCUAGCAGCGCCCCGGCUGGCCAUGCCCGGAGGUAUAUCACCGCCGGGCGGGAUGGAUUCGUCAAGGUCUGGCAUCCAAACCUCACACUGCACAAGGAGAUUGAUGUAGGACAGACCAGCAGCUGGCUUUCGGCAUGCUGUUGGAUGCAGAAGUCCAGAAAGCUGGCAGUGGCUUCAUCAAGCUUCCGCAUCUUCUUCUAUGACAGCUCCCUAAGCCCGAUCACCCACAUCGAUCACAAGGACGGCACGCCCCUGUGCCUGGGAUAUACGGAUUCCCACGAAAACAAGAGCUCGGAGAAGGAGAUCCUGAUGGUGGGCGACGAUAAAGGGUAUGUGAGCGUCUACCCCCUAGAUGCCAACGACUGGCUCGAUCAAGAGCCAAAGUCUGAAGGGAAGCCGGACAGCGAUGGCUUGAAGGUCAAGAAGAUGUCCCGAACGAAGUACCACAAAGACUGGGUCACGAAGGUUGGCUUCGUCUCGCAACUGCAAGCCAUGGUGACUUGCAGCCUGGAUGGCGAAAUCAACAUCUGCGAUGUUCACACCAACCAGCGAAAGGAAGGCCGCGAUGCUGUCAGGCUUCACAAAAAAGGCGUUCACUCCUGGUGUUGGUGCACGAACUACAAGUUCUUUGCUUCCGGCGGAUCGGACAGGCAGAUCAUCAUCUGGAAUCCAUACACGCAGAAGGCAAUGAACUACCUUCAAGGGCAUAAUGCUCCCGUCUUGGACGUUCUCGUCAACGAGAAGCAGCACCAGCUGAUCUCGAUGUCCGUUGACAAGGUUGUCAAGGUCUGGGAUAUUCUGAACUACCAGUGCAUCCAAACCUUCACAGACAAGACCGAGUACAAGCCGGAGGACAGGCUCACGUGCAUGGCCUUCGAUGAAGAAGGGCCUGCUUUGGUACUGUGCUCCAGUCUGAUCAACGUGCUGCCUGUCAGUGUCAAGGUCCAAACAAGCCGGACGCACCUGGCACCAAUAGUUGGUGCGCUGCACAACGAUGUUUUCCACCAGAUCAUCUCUGGGGACAACACCGGCACCGUGUCGGUCUGGGACAUCAAGACUGGAAAGCUGGAGUUCGAGUUCCGCCGUGCUCAUCAGGAUCACAAGAUGACAUGCAUGGCCUUCGACGAGCCGAAGCGAUGUCUGUACACUGGUGGAGAGGAUGGCUGCGUCAAGCUCUGGAACUUCUCCUCGGGCCAGCAGCUGCGCAGCUUCACCAUGCGCCGGCCUGCAGAGAUUCGGAGUCUGUUGUGGGCCCAGGAAGGGCCCAACACAUUUGUCGUCGGAUUGGCGUGGGACAGGCGGAUUUACAUCUGGCCAGACAGCCACAAGCAGCAGGUGGAGCCGCAGUACGUGUUGGAAGACUUCACUGGACAAGGGCAUACGGAUGAUGUUACUUGCCUCAGCCGGCUGUCAUCGGUCACAGGCCUCCUCGCCACCGGAGGUGAUGAUGGCUACGUUUGCUUUUGGAAGAUCCAGGAGACGGCAGCUGGUGGUGGAGCCAGCUCCAGGAGAUAUCGCCUCUUCGAUGGCUCGCAUGCUGUAUUCUCAGCACGCCGUGCUGUGUUGCACAAUUGA